GUGCCUGCAAUGCUCCACCACGGCUGCAGUCUGCAGAGCUGAAGGAGCAGCACCAUGGGCUCAGCUCCUUCCCAACCAGGGCCCGGGCGGAGUACGUCUGUCGGCCGGGCUACAUGAGAGACCCCAGCGUGAGGAACUGGCUGGUGUGCGGCAAGGACGGCGAGUGGGUGGGCUCCACGGAGAUGUGCACACCGAAGCAGUGCAGCUACCCUGGUGAGCCAGCCAACGGCAGACUCUUCCCAGCAGAGAGGUUCUACUUUGGCUCAGCAGUGAACUUCACCUGCAACACUGGGUACAGGCUGGUUGGAAACUCUCAGAUUCACUGUGUGAUUCAACAGGGGGUUGUUACCUGGGACAGAGACAUUCCCAUCUGUGAGCCAAUCCCAUGCUUCCCCCCUCCCACCAUAGCCAACGGAGAGCACAACGGGGUCAACAAAGAGCUCUUUGAGUAUGGAGAGUCUGUCACUUACUCGUGCCACAGCGUCAGGGGAAGGGAGAGACCUUUCUCCCUGGUGGGAGAUGCCUCUAUCUUCUGUACAACCACAGAUAACAUCAACGGUGUCUGGAGCAAGCCAGCCCCCGAGUGCAAAGUGGUCAUCUGUGAGCAUCCCAGCAUCAGGAAUGGGAGGCUGCUGAGCGGGUACCAGGCCUCCUACACCUACAGAGACACCGUCCUCUUCAGCUGCAACUUCCGCUACGCCCUGAACGGCAGCAGCUCCUCCACGUGUGAUGGGACUGGCUCCUGGGACCCCCCGCUGCCCCUCUGCCAGCUCAGUAGCUGUGAUGACCCUCCAGAUGUGAGCAAUGCUGUGAAAGCAAAACUUGCUGGCAAUCUGUUUCCUGUGGACACUGUCAUUACCUACGAGUGCUUGGAGGGCCACGAGUUCAGCCCAGGAGAAACCACCUGGAACAUCAAGUGUCUGCCAGAUUUUACAUGGACUGAAGCUCCACAUCUCUGUGAAAAACCUCGUUGCCCAACACCAAAUAUCGACCACGGAAUGGAGGUUUUUAAGAGCAGAGAUGACUAUACAGCUGGGACCAGAGUGAGGCUGGCCUGUGAUCCAGGGUUUAUCCUCAGGGGCCGGGAGCUGACGGAGUGCCAGGCAGACAUGAGCUGGGACCCCCCGUUGCCAUACUGUGACAGGGGCUGUGACCCCCCUCCCCAAAUUGCCCACGGGAAGCACUCUCACUCGGGCUGGAAGCAGUUCCCCUAUGGCACGGAGGUCACCUACAGCUGUGUGGAGGGGCUGUCCCUCAUCGGGGACCCGUCCAUCUACUGCACCUCCCACGAUGGGGAGAACCUGAC